AUGUUUCCACCUUUGUCAAAAUAUCAAACAUCAAAGUUAACUUAUACACCAGCAUUUCAACGUGCUAGAAAACCGUUUAUAGUACGUAAUAUUUUAACUGGCAUAAUAUUAGUUGGAUUUGUUGGAGCUGUGUAUUCUUAUACAAUGUUUGCAAUAAAACAAGAUGAUUUUAGUGAUGUUCCAAUACCAACUCCACCAUCAUCAUCAUCUUUAAUAGAAGAAAAUAAGUCAAAUAAUAAAAAUUUAAAGGAUUAA